AAGGAGGGUGGAGCUGAGCAGGGAGAAAAGAAGCUGCAGAGGAGACUGAGGAAGGGAAGAAACAGGAGGGAGAGCCAGGAGACCUAGAGGAGGCACAUGGAGCAGAGAGACACGUGAAGAAACCGCGCUUGCCUUUUGGUCUUGGACUGGUUGACACAGAUGUAUGUGGGGCAAAAUUGCUUUACGGCCAAAAAGCUGUGUGUUGGAAAUGCUUGUGGCGAACGUAAUUACGACAAAGAACCUGCGGCAGAUCCAUCAAGUACACAACUUUACACUGCUGGCUUCGGUCGGGUUUGCUGGACUUUGAGAUGGAUUUGGAUUUCUGCUGGUUCUGAGUCUCUGUCCAUUGCUUACUCUGGAGCUGAAGAAAAAGGGUUAGCCUCACUCAAAAGACUUGCAUGGAUUGCGGAGGAGGAUCUUUUGUGAACAGACAAAGACAACAUGGAUCUAAUGCCAUGGAUCUUACCUGGAGAAGAGCCUCCCUUCCUUCAUAUGUCAGGCCUACCGAAACCAAUGUGGCACCUCUGUUGCUCCUGAAGCUUCUGGAUCAAUGUGGUUUAGGGACCCACAAGACUCCCUGAAGGUGAAAUCAAGGGCUCCCAGACUCAUAAGGUUUUCAGGACAUCAGACUGGCACCCUAAAGGAGAACUUACGGAGACUUGCAACAUACCAACAAGUUGGAAGGGGAUUAGAAAACCUUCAACACUCAACAAUCCCAAGUACCAAUCUGAGGGAACAUUCUGACCUACACAGGCAGACUGGAAGCUGGAUGGGAAUCUGGUUGAGGAGGACAUCUGGAGAAUGAAAGUUAAGUACCAGCCUGGAUUUUUUGUGCCCCAGAUUCUUUCUGCAUUUAGAUACUAAACAUCCAGUUCCACGUCUCUGUAUACAAGUUCUUCUAGCAACUUAUUUGAAGGUGAAUAUAUUUUAGGUUAAAGACUACAAAGAAAAGGUAACUCACAGGGGACGAGGAAGGAGAAAGAAAUGAGAAUUAGAGGAUCAGAUUGACUUCAGGACUCAGAGGGGUACGUGUUUCUGAGUGAGUGUGUAUUGGAGAGAAUUUGACUGGUGCGCUUUAUCACCCUCCUAUUGUCAUCCAGGGGAGGGGCUACUGAAGUGGGAGAAAACCAACCUGAGUUCUCUGGAAGGAAAUUUAAAGGAACAAGGGAAAAGACUGCAAGGACUAAAAUAGAGCAAGGACAGGGAGGUCCAGGGAGAGGGUGAAGUACCCACGGUGGGUGAGGUGGACACCCAGCACAGGUAACAGGAAGAGGCACUCCUUGGGGGCUGCUUGAAAAAGUUUGCUUUGUGAGCAGAACAGUUUUCCUGGUGACUGUUGUCCACCACCAGCCAUCUCUUGCUCUUCUCCCUGCCAUUCUGUGGCACCCAGAAGUUAACCUCUGGUUCAGGAAAAAAGAGUUGUGGGGGGAGGUAUGAUGUGCAUAAAGACGCUGAGAAUCAGCCUAGUGAUUCUGGCUGGGUGGGCACUCAGUGCUGCCAGCUCUGAGCCCGGCUGGACAUGCAAGAGAUCCUUGGCUCAGAAGGGACACCUCGUUCAGGUGCUGUUGGAAGGAGAACGCUGUUGGCUAGGGGCCAAACUUCGAAGACCCAGAGCUGCUCCCCAACAUCACCUCUUUGGGGUCUAUCCCAGCAGGUCUGGGAAUUACCUGAUGCCCUACCCUGGUGGGGAGCAGGGAACCCUUCUUUCAGGACGCAGUAAGCCAAACAUGGAAGGCAAGGCUGUGAAGGCAAGCCACCUUCCCCCGGACUCAGCUGGAGGUGCAGAAGUAAGGAGCGAGGCUCAGCAGUCAGCUGCUCCCCGGAUAGGAACUGGUCCCAUUGGACACUCUGAGCUGAAGGGAGAUGAUGAUACUUAUCUUGGCCAUCGAGGACCCAGGGAAUCUCUAGGUGAGACCGGGACUCAGGGACAUUCAGCCAUGGCUGCCACCACGUCCACCAGCUUCGCACGUCCGAAGGACCCCGCAUCAGAGACCCAAAGGAAGGGCUGGGUCAAGACCAGACACCGACGCCAGGUGGUGAAGGCGCAGGCAGAGGGUGUGCAGGGAGACCCUGAUGUUUCUCCCCGGCGUUUCAAACCUUGGCCUAAGCUUGGGUUCAAACCCAGUCCUUUGGAGGCCAGCAUCCAGAAGGGUGGAGGGGACUCCUUCUGGGAAGCAGAGCCUGUCACACCCCAGGGAGGACUGCCUGUCUUGUACUUCUCGGGGAGGAGGGAGCGGCUGCUGCUGCGUCCAGAAGCGCUGGCUGAGAUUCCCCGGGAGGUGUUCACAGUGGAAACCUGGGUGAAGCCCGAGGGAGGACAGAGCCACCCGGCCAUCAUCACAGGUGUGUUUGAUAACUGUUCCCACACUGUCAGUGACAAGGGCUGGGCCCUGGGGAUCCGCUCAGGGCAGGACACAGGAAGGCGAGAUGCUCGCUUCUUCUUCUCCCUCCGCACUGACCGCAUGAAGAAAGCCACCAUUGUGACUGGCCACAGUCGCUACCAGCCAGGAACGUGGACACAUGUGGCAGCCACUUAUGAUGGACGGCGGAUGGCCCUGUAUGUGGAUGGCACUCAGGUGGCUAGUAGUCAAGAGCAGUCUGGCCCCCUGAACAGCCCCUUCAUGGCAUCUUGCCGCUCUUUCCUCCUGGGAGGGGAUAGCUCAGAGAACGGACAUUAUUACCGUGGACAUGUGGGGACACUGGUUGUCUGGUCCACAGCCCUCCCACAAAGCCAACUCCAGCACAGUCCUCAGCAUCCAAGUGUGGCAGAGGAGUUGACCACCUUGAUCCUGACGGCCAAUUUCAAGCCCAUGGAAGAACAGUGGGCCCCCUUUAGAGAUGGGAAUUACCCCAGGCUGGAGGUCCUCCAGGGCUCAGGGCCCCAGCCAGAGAUUCUGUCACCGCUGCAGCCUCCACUCUGUGGGCAAACGGCUUGUGACAAUGUGGAACUGAUCUCCCAGUACAACGUACACUGGCCCCUUCGGGGAGAGAAGGUGAUUCGCUACCAGGUGGUGAACAUCUGUGAUGAUCAGGGUCUGAACCCCACGGUGAGUGAGCAGCAGAUCCGGCGGCAGCACGAGGCACUGAAUGAAGCUUUCAGCCGCUACAACAUCAGCUGGCAGUUGAGUGUCCACCAUGUCCACAACUCCACCCUGCGCCACCGGGCUGUGCUCGUCAACUGUGAGCCCAGCAAGAUUGGCAAUGACCACUGUGACCCUGAGUGUGAGCACCCACUCACGGGCUACGAUGGGGGUGACUGCCGUCUGCAGGGCCGCUGCUACUCCUGGAACCGCAGAGACGGGCUGUGCCACGCCGAGUGCAACAACAUGCUGAAUGACUUUGAUGACGGGGACUGCUGCGACCCUGAAGUGGCUGACGUGCGCAGGACCUGCUUCGACCCUGACUCUCCCAAGAGGGCAUAUAUGAGUGUGAAGGAACUCAAGGAGGCACUACAGCUCAACAGUACUCACUUCCUCAAUGUCUACUUUGCCAGUUCUGUGCGGGAAGACCUUGCAGGUGCUGCCACCUGGCCUUGGGACAAGGAAGCCACCAGCCAUCUGGGUGGUGUGGUCCUCAACCCAGCCUAUUAUGGCAUGCCUGGCCAUACCAACAUCAUGAUCCAUGAGGUGGGGCAUGUCCUGGGCCUCUACCAUGUCUUCAAAGGGGUCAGUGAAAGAGAAUCCUGUGAUGAUCCCUGCAGGGAGACAGUGCCAUCCAUGGAGACUGGAGACCUCUGUGCUGACACUGCCCCCACUCCCAAGAGUAAACUCUGCCAGGACCCAGAACCUACCAAUGACACCUGUGGCUUCACCCACUUUCCAGGAGCUCCAUUCAGUAACUACAUGAGCUAUACAGAUGAUAACUGUACUGACAGCUUCACCCCUAACCAGGUGGCCCGAAUGCAUUGCUAUCUGGACCUUGUCUAUCAGCAAUGGAGCCAAAGCCAAAAGCCCACUCCCAUCCCCAUCCCACCCAUGGUCAUCAGGCAGACCCCCAAGUCCCUCACUCUCCACUGGCUGCCUCCAAUUAGUGGAGUUGUGUAUGACAGGUCUCCUGGCAGCAUGUGUGGUGCCUGCACUGAAGAUGGGAUGUUCCGUCAGUAUGUGCACACGGCUUCCUCCCGGCGUGUGUGUGACUCCUCCGGUUACUGGACUCCAGAGGAGGCUGUGGGCCCCCCAGAUGUGGAUCAGCCCUGCGAGCCAAGCUUGCAGGCCUGGAGUCCUGAGCUCCACCUCUACCAUAUGAACAUGACGGUCCCCUGCCCUGUGGAAGGCUGUAGCCUGGAGCUGCUCUUCCAGCACCCUGUCCAAGCAGACAGCCUCACCCUAUGGGUCACCUACCUCUCUGUGGACUCCUCCCAGGCACUCUUUGACACGGAGAUCUUGCUGGAACACCAAGAGUCUGUGCAUCUGGGACCCUUCGAUACUUUCUGUGACACCCCACUCACUAUCAAACUACACAUUGAUGACAAAGUCGUGGGGGUGAAAGUCUACACCUUUGAUGAGCGGAUGGAGAUUGAUGCAGCCCUCCUGACUUCUCGACCCCACAGUCCCCUGUGCUCGGGCUGCAGGCCUGUGAGGUACCAGGUCCUCCGUGAACCCCCUUUCACGAGUGGCUUACCUGUGGUGGUGACGCAUCCUCACCGGAAGUUCACAGACGUGGAGGUCACGCCUGGGCAGAUGUAUCAGUACCAAGUUCAAGCGGAAGCUGGAACAGAACUAGGAGAAGCUUCGCCUCCUCUGACUCACAUCCACGGAGCUCCUUACUGUGGCGAUGGGAAGGUGACAAGCAACCUGGGGGAAGAGUGUGAUGAUGGAGACCUUUUAAGUGGAGAUGGUUGCUCAAGGACAUGUAAACUAGAGGAAGGCUUCAAUUGUGUAGGGGAGCCAAGCUUGUGCUACAUAUAUAAGGGAGAUGGGAUAUGUGAGCCUUUUGAGAAGGAAACCAACAUCAUAGACUGUGGGCUCUAUACUCCUAAAGGAUACCUGGACCAGUGGGCUACCCAAGCUUACUCUUCUCAUGAAGACAAGAAGUGUCCUGUUUCCUUGGUGACUGGAGAACCUCAUUCCAUGAUUUGCACACCAUACCAUCCAGAUUUACUGGAGCAUGAUCCCCUCACUGGCUGGUUCCCCUGUGUCACCAGUGGACAUAGACCUCAGGAUGAAGGAAGCAAGCCGCCAGAAGGAAGUUUGGAGAGCAAAUCUGAGGUUUGGCUCAAAGUGUGUUUCAGUAGACCAGGAGUGGCUACGGCAAUUUUCAUUUUCCUGACAUCUGUUGGACUGCUUCCGGGAGGACGUCAGCAACCAGCAGUGACACUCCAUCUGACCGACAUUAGUGGAAACAACCACUCUCUUGGAACCUAUGAGCUGUCAUGCCAGCAUAACCCACUGGUUAUCAAUGUGACCCAUCACCCAAAUGAACUUCUUCACCAUACCACCUCAGUGCUGCUGAAUUUCUCAUCCCCCUUGGUGGGCAUCUCAGCGGUGGCUUUAAGGACAUCCUCACAUAUAAGUCCUUCAACUCCCAAUAGCUGCAUCCCAGAACAUGAGAGGCAAAAUCAUCAGGGACAGAGCUGUGCCCAUCAGUCCUGUGGGGAGCAAAACAGCUGUGCCCCACUGCUGCUUGACCAUGCGGAUGUGGUGAACUGUACCUCAGAUGGCCCAGGGCACAUGAAGUGUGCAAUCACGUGUCAAAGAGGGUUUGCCCUUCAGGCCAGCAAAGGGUGGUUCCUCAGACCCAUUCAGAAGGAAGUGCUGCUCACGUGUUCCUCUGGGCACUGGGACCGGGCUGUGAGCUGCAUGCCCCUGGAUUGUGGCGUCCCUGACCCCUCCUUGGUGAACUACGCAACCUUCUACUGCUCACAAGGGACAGACUUCCUGAAACGUUGCUUAAUCACCUGUGUCCCACCAGCCAAACUUCAAGGACUGAGCCCAUGGCUGACCUGUCUUGAAGAUGGGCUCUGGUCUCUCCCUGAAGCCUUCUGCAAGUUGGAGUGUGGGGUCCCUCCUGUGAUCCCGAAUGCCAACCUGCUCCUGCCUCACUGCCUCCAAGGCAACCACGAUGUGGGGUCCGUCUGCCGAUAUGAAUGCAAACCUGGCUACUACGUGGCGGAAAGCGUGGAGAAUAAAGUCAGGAACAAGUUCCUGAAGCUACAAUGCCUGGAGGGUGGAAUCUGGGAACAAGGCAGCUGCAUUCCAGUGGUGUGUGAGGCCCCUUCUCCUAUCUUUGAAGGGAUGUAUGAAUGUACCAAUGGCUUUGAGUUCAACAGCCAGUGUGUGCUCAACUGUAACGAGGAGAGUGAAAGGCCUCCCAUCCUCUGCACUGAGGAGGGUCUGUGGUCUGAGGAGUUCAAGUUAUGUGAGAAUCUACAAGGGGAAUGCCCGCCACCCCCCAAAGAGAUGAAUUUUGUAGAGUACAAGUGUGAACAGGGAUAUGGGAUUGGUGCAGUGUGUUCCCCAUCAUGUAUAAUCCCUCCUAGUGAUCCCGUAAUUCUGCCUGAGAACAUCACUGCUGACACGUUGGAGCACUGGAUGGAACCUGUCAAAGUCCAGAGCAUCGUGUGCACUGGGCGGCGUCAAUGGCACCCCGAACCCCGCCUGGUCCACUGCAUCCAGUCCUGUGAGCCUUUCCAAGCAGAUGGUUGGUGUGACACAAUCAACAACCGGGCCUAUUGUCACUAUGAUGGAGGAGACUGCUGCUCAUCCACACUCUCCUCCAAGAAGGUCAUUCCUUUUGCUGCUGACUGUGACCUGGAUGAAUGCACCUGCCGAGAUCCCAAGGCUGAAGAAAAUCAGUAACUCUGAGAUCAAGCCCCUCCUUCACUGCCCUGGAGGCAGUAAGAGAGAGGUCUCCUUGCAGAGAAAUAAAAGGUGAAUGAAGAAAAAAGGUCAUGAAAUAAAGGAAGGAAGAAGAGCAUAUGGGAUAUUAGGAGAAAUACAACAGGAUGUUUAUAGGUGCCAAUUAUUGCAUCAAAUAGCCCAAGACUCAUAGGUAAAGGUUUAUUCAAAGUGAAAGUUGAUUAAAAAUGGAAGGAGAAAUAUGAUAGAUAGACGAGGACCCUCCUCCCCCAUUUAUAUUCUAUUCAACCCCUCAAUUAUUGAUCCAUUCCCUUCCCUGCACCCUGCCAACUUGUGAACCAAUACCAAAAUGCUAGAAGCAAAGUUGCCAGGGACACUGUCGCUACGCAUUUUGAAUGGAUAGCCAUCUUUUGAGGCUCAUCUAUCUUCAACUGGCUCUCUCUUCCUUUUGUGUAGUCUCCCUUAGUAACAAUGAGGUUAGUUAUUAAUUCUUUGUAAGUAUUUAAACAUAAUUAUAUAAAUAUAUAUAUUAUAUUUUUUGCUGUCUACUAAGCCUAAAAAUUAUCCAUUGUUCCACAUAUGCUGCUGUGAAGUUCAUGUCCAGAAUGAAUGUUGAAGGUUUGGGGACAGAAAAGCAAGUUCUUCUGCCAUCUUUCUGUUGAUGGGGAAUUGUCAGGUUGAGGGGAAAGUGGAGAAGAGAGAGAGAUUAGAUAAAGGUCUUGGUGAUAACAUGUGAGCUAGUCAUCUUUUUUCAUGAGCUGGGAGCUGGCUUUUGAGGAGAGUAGAAUGAUAGCACUAGGAGAAAGGGGAAGUUGGGAAUGACCACUGAUGGUGCAUCUGGGAAAAUGAAACUACAGUUCUUGAAUAUUCAUCCCCAAAGAAUAUGUUAUCUUCUCUUCACUGCUCAGAACUCUUAGUUGCAGUUGGUAAGACCCAGAGUUUUUUAUACUUCCAUACGUGCCUAUUCCAAGUGUGGCUCUCAGCCAGCUGGUCAGUCAACAAGUUCAGAUUAGGGCUCAUUUUCUGAUUGCCAGAAUCGCAGGAACUCAUGCAUUCCUCAUGCUUGACUUGUGGUCUCACUUCUAAGUCCCCAAGCCUGGCCAUCAUUCCCAGCCACGUGACCAAUUGUUGAUUUUCUGGGGGGAAAAAUGUCAUGGAAAUGACGUCGGGAAAAGGUGGGAGGAGAUGGAAGAACAGGCCGCAUGGAGAAGCCAAGAAAGGCCUUAGAGAAGGAAGCAGUCAGGGGUAAGUCCAGGCCCAGGGCAGGAGGAUGAAAGGAGUCGAGGAUACUCAGCCUUGUUCCAAGUCUCCGAAGCUGACAAAAGGGAAUCCUUUGAACAAUGCAGAAUCUGAGGUAAAUUCUAUUUAAGUGUGAUGUAUCCAACUUGUGAUCCAGAGUUUUCGAUUUAAGCAAGCUAGGGAAACACAUGGAGCGAGAGUGACACUCUGUGGGCAGAGAGAAGAAUUUCAGCUCUUUGGGGUCCACUUUGUUGUCCUUACCCUUUCUCCUUCAGUAGCCAAUCUGUACAUGAAAUGACCACAUCAACCUGCUUCUGUUUAAGUACCAGGCUAACCCUUUCUUCAUGGGGUCUAUUAUAAUUAUGUGUUUUGGUCAAUUUCCAGAUUAGAUCUUGUGGAAGGAAAGUCAGGAGCUAAUUUCUUGUUCAACUCCUCAGUUUUGUCACCUCAGGAAGAGUUGUGAUGCUUGCCUUCCUCAAAACUUCUCCAGUGGAGUUGAGAGCAGGCAAAAAUGAGAGCAUAACCUGAUCACCUGAAUCAUCUGCUCUUCGAAUCUGGGCACACAUUCCUUCUCUUCCCAGCAACACUAAACCAAUGACAUUGUAAAUGGGAAGAUGAAAUAUCACCCACCAGUAUCUUGAACCAGGCUUCAUGUAGGAAAGAACAAUGUUUUGAAAGUGGUUAAAAAGGAAAAGUGUAUAUAUACAUAUUUAUCUGUGGCAAUAAGAAACGAGGUGGGCAAAACUUGGUGGAGGCAGCAAAGAGCAGAGUUUGCUCAUCCCAAACACUCUUGUCCUCUAUAUUUCUAGCGAUAAGGGAAAUAAUAACUUAGAUAUAAUUCACUGUCUGGGUUCACAUUUAGUGCUCCCAAGAAGAGAAUAAUUAUUUCUGGCAUUUCUGAUAGGCUUCAAUAUGGAAAGGAUAUUGGGAAAAUGUAGAGCAUCCAUUUAAAAAAGAUGUAAAAUUAUUUUCUGGGGCAGGGUAAACAAGUUCCUGGAAGCUAGUCCAGCUCCUAGUAGGGGAGUCCUGUCCUAUCCAAGACUGAGGCAGUAGAAUAGUCAUCCUGUGCAUUGCUUCAUCGGAGGCCCGGUCCCCAAAAAAGCGUGGACCCCGUGGUUCAUGCCAGUAUGGGUCUGUGCUCAAACUAGCCAAAGGAGUGACAGCGAGAACAUUUGCUUUUCAUAUUUCAUUUUAAAAUAUUUAUUAUCUGUUGGCAAUAUUGCAUUUCACCACAGCCAUGGGAAGGAAGAUGGCUCCUGUGAUAGUUGGAAAGCCCCUGGGGCUAGACACUGCACAGCCGUAGUCAGUAGUCAGUUCUGGUCAUUCCAAGAUGGCAGGUUCUUCCAGCCCUUGUCCCUGAACCUUGUGCUAUGAGUUCCUUGGGUCGCUGAUAAAGUUACAGGACUGAGAUGCCACGGUCACAGAUGCCCAGGGGAUAUCAACUCACACUCGCUCAAUAUGGUGGCCUGCACGCACUGCUGAUUCUCACGCAUAUGGUCACAGAAGCCUCUCCCAGAAGCACUUUGGUCUGUUUCUUUGCUUCAAAAUCACUCUCUGGGGCCUCCCCGGUGGCGCAGCAGUUGAGCACUGGGUUGCGAA